UGGACACAGCCGUGGCGCACGGAUCAAAACGCGGUAAACCACGCGUGUGCGGCAGCAGCACGACUCGAAAACAACGCUUAACACCGCUGCAUCGGCUCCGCGGCCCAACACCAUGCGAGCGCUGCUGCUCCUCUGCGCAGCAAUCGCGCAAGCCCUGCAGUUCACGACGCAGCAGGCCAAAACGCCAUUGCUCCUCGACGCCGCGACGACGUUGAAGGCCUCCGCGCGGCCGCUGACGAAGGUGCUCCUCGACGCGGCCGAGGGCGCCUCGGACGAGGCCCGCGCCGAGACGAUGAAGACGCUGCGCGACAUGCUCUGCAGUCCCUCGGCGACGCAGCUCGUGGCCUGCCGCGGCGACUCGACGGACGUCAUCGCGACGUGCGCGGUCGCCGCACGCGAGGCGAGCGGCAGCGCGCUCCCCCGCCGCGCCCACAUCAGCGACUUGUACGUCGAGGAGUCGUGCCGCCGCGCCGGCGUCGCGACGGCGUUAGUGGCGGACGCGCUCGCCCUCGCGCGGGCCCGCGGCCUCGAGUGCGUGACGCUCGAGGUCGAGACGGACAACGCCGGCGCGCGGCGCCUCUACGAGAAGCUCGGCUUUCGGGGCGAGUCGCUCCGGAGCCCGUUGGCGUUCUUCAAGUACGGGACGUGGGCGUGGAACAAAGAUAUCCUACGGCUCGACAUGGCGGCGGGCGACUAG